AUGCUGCCGUGGAACCCGCCUUCGUCCUUCACGUCCCAAAGCGACCAGACACAUACAUUUCGGGGCAGUUAUGGUACCCAACAGCAGCAACAUCUACAGCAGCAGCAACAGCAGCAACAGCAACAGCAACAGCAACAGCAACAGCAACAGCAACAGCAACAGCAACAGCAACAGCAACAGCAGCAACAACAGGAUGACCCGCCUCAGCUUCAGCCUCAGCAGCCGCAGCAGCAGCAACCACCACCCCCGCCCGCGCCGAUGCAGCCCCCUCACAUGACGCUCGCCUCGACGCUCCACUUCCUCCAGAGCGAGCAUCGUCGCUACGCCAAGGACCGCAACGAAUGGGAAAUUGAACGCGCCGAGAUGAGAGCGCGCAUCGCCUUGCUCGAGGGCGAGAAGCGAGGCAACGAGGGUGCGCUGCGUGAUUUAGCGCGGAGGUGCAAGAUGUUGGAGAAUGCACUCCGAGGGGAAAGGUCUGUCUGUCUGGCUUGAGCUGGUAUAGAACAUACCUUGACUUGGCGACGAGCAAUGACUAAUUCAUGAACAUCGAUUCUUCGUUAUGCAGAUCCAAGUUCCUCACUUCGACGAACGCCGCUCCUGGAGCGUCGACCCCAUCAAACGCAUCGGGAACCGCAUCCCCUAUCCCCGGAGGAGGUCCAUCUGUACCAGUAUCGGCAGCGAAAGCCGCCCACCAAUUGUCUAGCCUCAAUCCCGCGUCCGCUCCGAAGGACAAGGAGACUUCCGCCGGCGCGAAGGAGGGCCUGGCGCCCGAAUCGGUCCCAAUGACCUCUUCAACAUCUUCUGCAGGCCCUACAAAUGCUGUUGCAGCAGUGGCAACGGGUGCGACGAGCACUGCAGCUGCUUCACGAGCAGCGAACGUGGGAGCAAAUGGCAUAGCACCAGCCGGCGGGGCAGGUACAGGCAACUGGGGGACGACGGGGCUGGGAGCCGCAGCCAGAGAUCCCCGUGGAAAGGCACGGAGUCGAGACUAUCUGAAGCAGUAAGUACGAUGCGGAAGAGGCGGGAAGCGAGCCUCCCAAGCUCCGAUACUGAGCCGCACUACCCACGCUUUGAUGUCAACCAGAUGUUUGCAAGAGAUCCACUACCUCACCUCCGCGACGACGAUGAACCCGCUGUCGUCGACGUCCUUUGCCGCCCCUUCGGUCCCUCGACCGCGCAAAACAUUACCGGAACAAGUUCUUCCAAGUGGACCCGGCGUAUACAGCAUCUCGUUACCCCCCUCGGCUUCAAGUGCCGCGGGAACCCCUUCCUCCAGCGUUGCCGCCAACUCGAACGCGCCUACAAUCGAAGCCACAUCACAACUUCAGCCGCCCCAUGUCGCGUCGUUGGCACCACAUCCAAUCACACAGUUCCCUUCAGACCCACCGAGCGCGUUCGUACCGCUCAAACGCACCAUCUCUCAACCGGGUGGGAUGCCCCCCGUCUCCGCGAGCAUGGAGUCGGAUAACCAGAUCAACAUGCGGAAUAUUCGCGACACGACACCGACGGCUUCCAGCCCGAUGGUCACUUCCGCGCCUUCGACGACAUCGCUGAAUGACUCGAUCACCAAGUCGGAUCCCAAUGGCGGACUUCUGCCGACACUUGGGGAGGAGGCGGUGACGAUCGACGACAACGAGCAGGUCGAUGAGGGGAUCAUUAAGCCUCCGAGUCCUCCGCUCGAAGUACCGCUUUCACCGGUCAACAAGGCGACGACGACCGUCAGUGGGAGCCCCAAACUCGAGUAUACCCUGGCAUCGAAUGUUGGCGAAGAGGUCAAAGGUGUGCAGCAUGGGAUGACCACGGAUUAA